AUGUCGGCGGCGACGCCGGGGUCGACGGAGGACAAGAAGGACGAGCCGGAGGCGAAGGGGUUCCUGAGCAAGCUGAUGAGCAAGGAGAGCUGCGUGGCUUCGCCGAGCUUCACAAAUCGCUGGGCGAUGGUCGCUCCGGCGUUCUUGACGCACAUGUGUAUCGGCUCCCCCUGGGCGUGGUCGGUCAUGUCGGGAACCAUCAGCCGCGAGCUGGGGAUCGUAUCAAGCGCGGCCGGUGAUUGGUCGAUGGCGGAAGCCACCAUGCCGAUGAGCAUCGUCUUCGCUACGCUAGGGCUCGCCGCAGCUCUCGGCGGCUCGUGGGCUCACAAAGUCGGUCCGCGAAUGAGCAUGUCGGCGGCAUCGUUGUGCUUCGGCGGAGGGGUCAUGAUCGGGGGACUGGGAGUCGAGUACCACAGCCUCCCCCUGCUGUACGGGGGUUACGGUGUUCUAGCGGGUACCGGUCUCGGGCUUGCCUACACGCCGCCCAUCCAGACGCUCAUGGGCUGGUUCCCGGACAAGAGGGCUCUGGCCUCCGGCCUGACAAUCGCAGGGUUCGGAUCGGGAGCGCUGGUGUUCGCACCUCUGGUGAACACCCUGAUGGAGAAGUUUUCCAAGAUGCCGACGUAUCUCGGGACGAUGGACCAGGUGUCCACUGUCAUGAACGAGGGGAAGCUGUUCGCGCAGACGGCUUCGGGGUUGGUGGAGGUUGUGUCGGUGAACUCGUCGGAGCUCGCUCGCCUCCCGUACGACCUGGCCGAGGGGGUGUACGUGGUCGGCACGGGGUCGACGGGAGCGGCGGCCGCGCUCGGCGUUUGCGGUGCCCUGUACGGAGGAAUCAUGUUGGCCUCCGCCAUGACCAUCAAGUCCCCUGCCCCCGGGUACAAGGUGCCCGGGUUGCCCGCCCCCUCGGCGAGCGAGGAGAAGGCGGCUCCGGCUGUCCAGAACAACGUUGCUCCCAACGUGGCCAUGAAGACACCGCAGUUCUUCGGUCUCGGCGUGACGAACUUCUUCGUGGGAUGCACCGGGUUCGGGCUGUUCAGCGUGGCCAAGCCCAUGAUGGGGGAGGUAUUCAGCAACACCCUGCCCACCCUCGUGACGGCGAGCUUCGCCUCCGCGUACGUCCAGAUGCUGGCGCUGGGGAGCCUGGGUGGCCGAAUCGGAUGGGCAGCAUUCUCGGACAAGUUCGGGAGGAAGCUGACCUUCCAGAUUUUCACCUUGGGAUCGGUCCCCCUGUACCUGGCGGACCCUGCCAUCGUGCACAACGUCAUCGCAACGGGGAGCGCCAUCCCGCUGGGCAUGUUUAUCGGUUCGACGUUCUUGGCCAUCACGUUCAUGGGGGGGGUGUACGCUGUUCUCCCUGCCUACGAGGCUGACUUGUUCGGCACCAAGUACGUUGGUCCCAUCCACGGGCGACUCAUGGCCUCCACAUCAGCGGCGGCGUUGUUUGGACCGAGCUUCAUCCUGAGCUUGCGCAGCUCGAGCGAGAUGAGCGCGAUCAACGACCUCCUGGAGAAGGUGGACCCGGCCCGAUUCCAGAAGAUGUUCAACACGGGCGUAGAAGACGCUCAGAUGCUGAUCGACUCCAAGGCGUUGACCAUCGGAAAGCUGAUGGAACUCGUCCCUGCGGGCACCCCCGACCCAACCCCUUUCAUCUACGACUCCACCCUGUACACGAUGGCUGGCCUGAUGGGAGUGGCGGCAGUCGCGCACUCGACGAUCAGGCCUAUGAACCCCAAGUACUAUGAGAAGGCCGACACCUCCCCGAUAGAGGUUGAGUCAGUCCUGCGCUCGCCGGUAGCGGCUGCCGUGGGCGGCGGUGCGGCCUUCUUCCCCUCGAUGGCUAGCCAUAUGGUUCCGGCAUCUGUCCUGCCGCUACGAAAGUAGGGGGUCAGUCGCCUUGUAGGGAACUUGCCAGACCCCCCUCAAGAUCGUCUCUCGUCACCGGAGCGGUUUUUGAUAAUGUUAGGAAUUUUUGAAGCGAGAGGAGCGAUUGGGUCUCUCGGUGGCUGUGCCUGCGGUCUUGUUCGUGGCGUUCGCGUUGGGCCUUUUUUUUUUCUUCCGACACAGCAGUGAGUGCGGUGGAAAAAGGCGGUCCCGACCACUUGCGAAGGUAGCUGGUAGCCCAUUUCCUAGGAAGGAAUCAAGGCACUUUGUCAGCUUCCCAGGAGUCACAUGGCGUAAACCCCGAAACAUGUGUGGGGGCAGACGGAUACGUGAUGCGACCAUGGAGGACACGGCAUGUGUGUCAGUUGUGCCAUGGGUCGGCAGCAGAGAGAAGUGGGGGGUGAGGCGGGGCAUCGUUGUACAUAAUAUAUGGUGACGCGCUUGGAAGUUAUGCCGUUCCAAGAUUUUGGAUGCCCACCUGAUGACAGGGCUUGGUGCUUGUUUUUAUGGAGGCCCGGGAGGACAGUGCGCAUGAUACGCGCUUCGAAGGUGUAAUUGAGAUAGCACCUCAAGUGGAAAUGUUGUCUUCUAGCUGCAUCAUGAAAUAGGAAACAGACCCCGUAAAAUAGCGCGAAUCUGAAUCACAGGCAAAGUAAUAGCGGCCUUUCCCUUGGGGCCACAACAAGACGGAAGAGUGGUGGGGGUGGGUGUAGCGCAUUGGCGGUCAGUAUGUCUUGCCCGAGGAAUAUUGUUGUUUAGGUUCUUGUCGAGAGGGCGUUGUCUCUGCUGGGUAUGGUGUACGCAAGACAUCACCCGCCACGACGCAUGUUCAAGGUACCAACCAGCGCCGACUACCACACGGGCUGCGCGGUCCGUAGCGCGCCCUUGACGGUAGAGCUAAGAAAGAGUUCCGUGAGCGUGGGGUCAGGAAUUCUACUUUUAUGUCGACCCUGUGGUGGAUCGGCCUGUGAGUUGGUCAGGAACACGAGACCGUUGUACGAGGAAUGGCACAAGUUGUCCUCGAAAACCAUCUGACCAAUGCGAACGAGAACUUUUCCCGGC